AUGUCUCUGUUCCUGAGUAGUAACAGCACAUACAAGCCAGAUGAUGGUGCCAUACUACGGUACGCACCGGAAAUCAUUGGUUCCUUAAUUAUCUUCAUUCUCACCUUUAUCCUGGGCCUCCUGGGCAACGGCUUGGUGAUCUGGGUGGCUGGCCUGAAAAUGAAGCGGACCGUGAACACUGUGUGGUUCCUGCACCUUGCCAUCGCUGACUUCCUGUGCUGCAUGUCUCUGCCAUUCUCCAUCAUUCACCUGAUCCUCCAUGAGUACUGGCCAUAUGGCUACUUCCUCUGCAAGGUUAUCCCAUCAGCCAUCAUCCUCAACAUGUUUGCCAGCGUCUUCCUCCUCACUGCCAUCAGCAUUGACCGGUGCCUGAUGGUGAUGAAGCCAGUUUGGUGUCAGAACCACCGUAAUGUGAGGCUUGCAACAGUGAUGUGUGGUUGCAUAUGGCUCCUCGCCUCCAUUAUGUGCAGUCCUGCCUUCCUGUACCGUGAGACCGUCAAAGAUGGAUUUGGCAAAACUGUAUGCUGUUAUCAGUUUGGAGAUGAUAUGGAUUAUGGAGAUUAUAUAGAUUACGACAAAAAUUCAGCCAUGAGCUCUGGCAUAUCCUGUGAUGAAUAUCCUGCAGAAGGCACAACUGAUUCUGAGUUAACCAAAUCUGCUGUCAGCUCACCUAAUGUUGGCAUAUUUCAAAUGUCAAGUGUUCUCCCUUCAGAGUUAUGUGAGACUCCUGGUGGUUUCUCCAGUGCUAAUAUUCCUGGUAGCCUUUACAAUUAUAAUGACUUACUGGGGGACUUCCCCAUCUGCAGUCGGCCAACCACCCUACUGACCAUAAAUAUUACCAGGAUUAUCUUUGGCUUCCUCCUUCUCUUUAGCAUAAUGGCAGUUUGCUACAUCCUUAUUGCCAUCAGGAUGCACGGAGCCCUAUUUACCAAACCCCGUGAUAAGACCCUGCGAGUGAUCCUGGUUGUGGUGGUUGCCUUCUUUGUCUGUUGGGCCCAUGUAGUUGGGGCACUGUCUUUCCUAGCUAUGCCAGGCACUGGAUUUAAUGAGGCAGUAGCACUGUGGGACCACCUCUCUAUAGCACUGGCCUAUGUGAACAGCUGCAUCAACCCUUUGCUCUAUGUAUUUGUGGGGCGGGACUUCAGGCAGAAGGCACGCCAAUCAGUGCAGGGCAUCUUGGAGGGUGCUUUCAGCGAGGAAGUUACACGCUCCACUUCCUACUCACGGGACAGGACCAAGACUUCAGCAGACAGGGAUAUCAGCAGUAACACUCUCUAA